AGGAAAUAAAUUAUCGACAAUUGAAUAAUUGUGAAGGUUUCUCUUCACUGUAUUCCAAACACGGCGAUUGCAAAUAAGAAGCAGUACCACAGGACGUGAGGGAUCUGUUAUGUACGUCGGUAAAGACUGCUACACUCAGCUGAGCUGAAAGUGGUAUGCAGAAAUUAUGCAGCUUGUCAGCUGGAUUUUUCUUCUCUGCUGUCAACUUGCCUGGUGUGGUGCAACUAGGUGAAGCCGUUAUAACUUCUAAAGGCUCAUGAUGGUUUUGCAACCUUUUAUUUCUACAACCCGGCUGGAUAAACUGACUCGCAUGUGAACUCAUCCGAAAUCAAUGGCGAUAAAUGAGUAUUAAAAAUGCCGUCCAGUGGUGAGUUGCUGCUAUUACUGAUUGCGGGUGUUUUAAUUCAACAAAGUGCUUCGCCCACAUAUGCACAAACAAAUUUCGCACUUAAUCAAGAAACGAUUGUUUCGUCAAACGAUACCUGUGGUUUGCAAGGAAAGGAUGAAUUCUGUUUUGCUGUUGACCGCUUCCAUCGAUGUCAGAAGUUUGAUUAUUGUGAUGCCGAUUGUCCAUUCGGAAGAAAUGAACUUGUUAGCGUGGAUAUUGUUGCUACGGGAAUGUUUCACGGACAGGUGAAUUUGUUUGCAAAUCAAUCCAGUGGAUUAUGCCAUAAGCAAGUAUUGACCACUGUUCAGUUCAAUGGCGCCAAUGGCUUUAUUUCCAAGUCAACAGAGAUUUUGUCAUUAUUUAGGGAAUCUGAAGGAAUGACACUAACCAUCCAUCUGAGCCAAUACCCAGGGGACAAGGGCAAAAUCAUAAGCAAAGAGGACAACAGCAGUGUACACUUUGUCUUGUCUGCAGACAGUACAACUGACCAUCAGAUAGUUCUGGAAUAUAUGACUGCAAGUGGGUUAAGUAGCAGUUUGCUCAUCAACAACAGUUUAGCGGAUGAAAAGUGUCAUCAUGUUGCUGUGGUACUCUUUGGUUCUGUUAUUCAACUGUUCAUUGAUACAGAGCUUGUUGCUGAAGAGAUCACUUACAAAAAUCUUUGGGACAGAAGUGGGAUUAUCCUCUUAGGGGGGAGACCAAAUGCUUCACAAGAUGAUUAUUUCAAAGGAGAGCUUGGCUCCUAUCUUUAUGUGGGAACACUCCUUCCUUCAGAGAUUAAGACGGAUGCUUUGGGGAAAACCCCUCAUAAGCCCCGUCUUGCAGCACACUGUAGAUGUAAUGUGGACUACCCAAAAGUGUCCAUGGACCCAGAUGGUCUUUUCUGUGUCAAUCCCAAAAACAACAAUACAGUGAGGCGUGUAAAUAACAAGGCACAUUUUGAAGGCAUGGCCAAUGAUGGAAACCUCAGCACAUGGUGGCAGUCCAAGGGAACAAGAGUCCCACUUAAUUUUACAGUCAGCCUUGGGGGUGUGAAACAAGUCUUGGUUGUCAGAAUAUCAUUCAAAUGGUGGCCACCAAAGGAUCUGGUUCUUUCCAAAUCUGCUGAUUAUGGGGAAACAUGGUUACCAUGGCAAUAUUUUUCCCAAGAGUGUGAAACAACCUUUAAUAUGGAAGCUGAAGGGAGACUGGACUCUCCUGACAGUGUCAAUUGUGUUGAAAGAUUUUCACACCCAGUCCCUCACGAGACUGUAACAUUUUAUUUACUUCAGUCUUCGAGGCCAGCAUCAAAUACUUUUGAAACAAAUCAAACUCUUCAGGAUUUUUCAUUUGCCACUCACGUUAGAUUGACAAUGAUGUCAUUUUUGGGAAAUUCAGCAGAGAAAACAGAUUAUUUUGCAAUAUCUGAGCUUGAAGUCUUUGGAAGAAAUUGCUCUUGUCUUUUGCCAGUAAAUAGUACCUGUGUUUGUGAUGGUGCUAUUACCAGACCGCCAAACUGCAUUGAAACUGUGAUCUUUGACAGCGACUUCUACAAGAGGAGUAUCUUUGAUGAAACGCCACUUGAGGUAUCUAUACUGCAAGUUUACGCCAGGAGUCUGUGUUCGGGUUAUCUUCCAGUGUCUUACUUCAUAGUAGAAAGAAAUGACUCGCAGUCCUUUCAGAUUGAAAACACAACAGGAAUUUUUAAACUUCGAAGUUACGUUGCCUUAAACAGUACAUUUCGUUUUCUUGUUGGAGCCCGACUCCAAGGCGGCGCGGAACAUCAGGUUAACAGUUCGAAGACAAUUGUAUUAAUCAAAGUUAUAACCCGCGCCACUUUAGAGUCGCGAACUGUUGUGAAUUUUGAAACACAGAAGUUAGGUUUUCUUCAAGGGAGGACGUCAAACCGCGUAAGGCAGCUUGGUUUCUUCGUUAACGAUUUUCCAGGUAGUGAAGGAAGUGUUCGCGCUUUUGUUGGAAAAGUGAGUGCUGAAGCAAAUUAUUCGACGACGCGAGAACCAGCUACUCAUGUAAAGGCUAUGUUGGUCAGCGCAGAUGUAUACUGGGACAGGCCUGUGGUGCGUGUUAUCGCGCAGGUGCAGGACUCCUCAUUUAAUGUGCGUACAUUGGUGGAUGAAAGUAAGGUUGUUGUCAAAGUCGACCCCAGUGCUAAGCUGUUAGCUAUUGAUGGAAGCCUCUUACUAUCGGUCGCUAAGCCAAGUGCGUCUACUGGAAUUGCCGAGAUACAGGUUCCCUUACCUUCUAAAUGGUUUUUAGACCCCUCUCUUUUCGAUCCUGAGGUUCUUACCAUCACGUACCGUCUGCUUAACUCUGCCAAGUCUCCCACGUUUCUAGGUAACGUCACAGUUCAUCCAGGAAGCAAAACGCGGUUGUUUUCGAAUGACGUGUAUGGUAUGCUUCCUUUUGAAACGGUGUAUAUAGGCGGGGUAUUCAGCUUUCCAAUUUACUGUGACUCAUCCUAUGCCGUAGCCUCCUUUGGAAUAAGGAUAGUAAUUGGUCCGUCACUUGUCAUCACUGGAGUACAAGUUGAUAGUCAGCGCUGGGCCCAUGUUGCUGUCAAUCACAGCUCUUUUGAAUGGGUUGUGAGUGCCACAUUAACUGAUCCUGAAGCAGCUCCUCAGGGAUUCGUCAAAAAAGCGAAACUUGUCAGCGUCGAUGUCAAGGUACAGGACACAGCUGUUAUCAAUGCAAGCGCAAACGCAACAGUUACAGCCGAGGUGACAUACCUCAGUAAUAUCAACAACGAGGAAAUUGAGAUUGGUGGCCAAUUACACCCAAUCAAGGUGGCCAUGCUCGAUGGUUUUAACCAAUCUCGACACACGAUAGGGAUGAUACGACUUUCUGCCAACGGUGUCAAGGAACUAAGAGCAUACGCUGAAUCUGCUGAUUUAGUAAACACAGCUGUCAUGGAUGGACGAAUCGUGACUGCGAACAUAGCUCUUUUGGCUAUUCAACGAUCAGGCGACGUCAUCCUGCUUCCAGAAGCAAAUUGCACGAGUUUAUCAGAAGCUGUGCAAGUAACAAAGAACUGUUCAAACGUGUUUCUAAACGGUAGCGAACCCGAAGGAUCAGCAGAAGCACAAGUAAAAGUCCAAUUUGGUCAAAUAAACACCAUCGUGUCAGUUCGUGUAUGGUUCCCUGUUCUGCCUAUGAACCUGACUCUGUUUCACUCGGAGCUCGCAGCAGUCUCUGGUUGGUUGCAAUUCAAUGCAUAUAGCGGUAAAUGCGAUCAGCGGUAUCAGUGGACCAGGGUCGAGUCUGAAGCCCAGUUUACCUACGAUAAAGUCCACUUUGAAAACAUAUCGACGACGAGUUUAGUUCGUGAUCUUCUCAUAAGUGCGAAUGAGUCUAUAGCGACUGUGGAUAACUUAGGAAACGUGUAUGGAAUGUCUCCCGGUCAAACUGUUAUCAGAGCCGUAAAUCCGCUGACUGGUAAUUUCCUGGGAAGUACUGAAGUUAAGGUGACUGCAUUAAGGCGAGUCGCUGUUCAAUUGAUCGACGUUGUCAUGGUAACCAAUCUAAGUGUCAUUAUUCCUGACCCGCCCUAUCCGAGAUUGUCAACACAAAUGGCGGAGGCAUUUGUUCACCAAGAUUUGCGUCGUGAUCAUGCACGUGGGGCGCUCGUGGCUUUUGUCACUUUUGAGGAUGGCAGACGACAAAAACUGAACUCUGCACUUGGCCUUCAGCUCAAGUCACUUGAAAUCCACGUGCUCAGAAUCACUGGCCAAUCAGAAGCAGUGUCUGUCGGUUCUGGGUCUGGCGUUCUUCAGGCUAAUUGGGUCUUGCCUCCCAGCCGUUGUUAUCCAAAUGGAUAUAACCUUGGAGUGGGUUAUGAAUUGACGAAUAUAAGUUUGUUACCUCCAGUAAGACUUGAAAUAAACGGCAUCAGUCCACAGAUAACUUUCCCUGGAGACAAAUCCACUGUAGCAGGGAUACCAACAUCAAGUUACAUAGCAGUGACCUUAGUGUUCGAGAACGAACAUCGAGUCGACAUGAGCUCUGACUCGAGGACUAUUUAUGACUUGAGCAAGUCUGAAGGUUUUUUCAGUGUACAGCGCGAUCAUAACAACGCUCCUGUUAUUACACCAAACUCGCUAGGCAAGUCGGGCAAAAAAGAUCUUGUAGUGCGUUUUACUCAUUUCUCAAUCACGAGUUCUGUUUCGGUCAAUAUCGUGACCUACACAGCUCUGGUGUUACAUGCCAAGCCCUACCCACCCUAUCCAGGAGCUCCUCUGAUCAAUUCGCUGAGCCUUGUCGCUGAUACAAACGCACACGAAAUGGCGUCGCUAAGCCUAGCAAUGGUUUUGAGUGAUUCUUCAAAGUAUGAUAUUACAGGACACCAAUUGACGUCAUUUUCAUCCAGAUCUCCAGACGUGAUUGUCGGACAAAAGGCUGCAAACCGCGUAAGAGUAAAGUCUGGCCCGACGGCUAGCCUUGCUUUUCUCGAUGGAAAAUUUGGUAAUGUGGACAGUACAGAUUUAAUAAUAUUUAUUAGAAGCUCUUCAGUGAAUGUGACAAGCAUUUCUAACCUUGUCUUACUCCCUGAUAACAAUCAAACUUUGUCUGGAGUGGAGAAUUCCCUUGUGGCACAAGUGCAGCUGUCAUUGACAUUUGACAAUGGAAGACUCGUGACACAGUUUUACGACGGAAACACUGCUUUAUUCCCGGGGUUGAUAUCUUUGACAAGUGAAAAUAAUAAUAUUUUCACCGUAGACUCUUCUACAGGUCAAGUAACUCUUCGACGUAACUAUCACCAAACACUCUCUCUGACUGCAACUGUUGCAGUUUCUCUGGUUACAUCCAGCUUGACAGUGGCUUGUAACCUUUUGCCGGCCGUUGGUGACGUCGACCUCGGUGAAGAGAUCGGAUUACCGUUACCCCCAAGACAUGAUGGAUCGUCAUUUCAAAUUCAAGUUCGUUUGAACGCUGGGGAAAGGCAAAGCGUCAAGAAGAUCGAUCUCACCCUCACUUAUGAUCGCUCAAAGCUUGCUGUGAUGUCUGUUAGAAAAGGAAGUGUAUGGAAUAACUGUGUAUCUGACUUGAACACCUUAGGACAAAUUUCCUUGGACUGCUUGAGUGACUCACCCUUGAAUGGCAUUGUCAGUGUAGCGGACAUAACUUUCAAUGCCACCAGCUCGGGUUUGGCUUCCAUUCUGGGCUCUGUAAACACGGAUACCCAUGGCUUGUCUUCUCUUGUAGCAGGAAACGUUGAUCAGGAAGUUGUGGGAAGCGGACAAAGAAGACGACGAAGCGCUGAUGAUCAGAAUAGGCGUGACCUGCUUGAAGUUCAUAAACAACGCAUGCGUAGAGCUGUUCCGUCUGCUACUUCAACUUGCCAAGGCGACAAGCUACCCCUCCCUGGUGAUGUCAACAGAGAUUGCCUGUUUGACCUCGGAGAUGUCAUCUUCGUUCUCAGAUAUUAUUCUUUCUCCAUCUUUAAUUUCUCGGACGCGACAGGGAAUCUAUUCCGCCAAUCACUGCCAUACAACAAAACCCGUGAUAUUGAUGUUGACAGGAACAGUGUCGUGAACCCAGCUGACGCGUUUUAUCUUGUGAGAGUCUUUCUUGGUUUAGUUCGCUUUGUUUCCCAAGUUAAUGUAAUACCCGUUCAGGUCCUUAGCUCUAAUUGUCAGCUUUCACUCAGUGUCACUUUAACAUCAAAGAAUGGCCCCGCCUCUGAUGUGAACACUUUUGUUUUCUUCGACAUCACUUACAGAGGAAGUGCCAUCAAUUUCGCAGGGACUGGAGGAACCCAAAGAGGUGUUGGUAUCUAUGGAAAUCUCAUCAGGGGAGUUAGCAGAGGAAAUGGAAGUUUUGGUGUCCAAGCUCCUUUUGUGCGUGUUCAAAAUAGUAUUGGCCUUAGUGUUUUCCACGUAACCAUUGAUAACAAUAACAGAACAAGUUUUACGCGAACGGCUGCCUUGUUUGGCAACCCACACCCUCCAUAUUUACUCCCCAUAAGAUUGUCUUUAGACCUACCUGUUGGCAAUCAAACUAUCAGCGUUAACACAAACAACAACUACAGCCCUUUUGUCGCAUUCAAUAAUACACUCUCCUCGGCGGAUUGCACUAACACCUUUGCGCCACAAUUUGAAACGAUCUUCUACCACGCUAAUGUCUCGGAAAAUGCAACUGUGAAUGCCUCGGUUAUCACCGUUAAUGCCACAGACCUCGAUCAUGAGAAAAGUGGCAGAGUGAGCUAUAGCCUUGUCAGUGCCGAAGUGCUUCCUUUUGUGAUAAACUCAACUUCAGGCGUCCUUCGAGUUGUGUGUUGCCUGAACAGAGACGAGAAAGCCCGGUACAAUGUGACAGUUAGGGCUACAGACGGAGGGGCUCUGGGUCGAGAAAAAUUUGCCGAUGCGUAUGUGGUCGUUUUGAUCAUUGACGUGAAUGACAACGCUCCGGUUGUCAAUCAAAUUGUACCGAGUCAUAUGAUCAAGAUCCCAGAGAAUGCUGCCUUGGGUAAUCCACUGGUCAGGAUCGUUGGAUCUGAUGAAGACAUCGGGGAAAAUGCUCGGAUUAGUUACAGUUUUGUUGGGAAUUCUUCUGCAAAUCAAUUUCUUUUUAUAAAUGCCACAACGGGUUUGGUAACGUUGAAGAGUUCCUUACAAGGAAAAGUUGGUUAUAUGUUUAAGAUUUUAGUGCUCAUUUCAGAUCAUGGUAUUCCAGUGUUAACUACAAACGCAACAGUGGAAUUUCUUGUCACUUACGCUUCUGAUGUGAACAUAUUUUUUGUUUCCCAGUUUUAUGCGGUCAACUUGACAGAAAAUAGUGCGAUGAAUUCAAGCGUUCUCAAAGUUAAGGCUUAUGUUCCCGGACUUCCUGAUGCUAGUAUUUUUUAUUCCCUUACCGAGGAGGUCGCAUUUAGAAUCGAUUCAUCAGAUGGCACGAUAUUAGUGAAUUUCACAAUUGAUAGGGAAAGCAUUGAAGUUUAUUCACUGACUGCAACUGCGGAAUAUGGACACAAUAUCAGUACCAAUGCCACAGUAAAUAUCACUGUUUUAGAUGAAAACGACAAUGCUCCCGUACCAGAUCCUGUCCCACUUCAGGUCAUUCCGUACAAUUUGCCGGUAGGCAACGAAAUGUGUCGGGUCAAUGCAUCGGACAGAGACGAUGGACUUAAUGCUGUGCUAAAGUUCAGUCUUCUCGGAGACGUCUUUAAACACUUCCUCAUAGACAGAGAAAAUGGCGCGAUCUUCUUAAACUCUUCAUUGCUUGAUCUUAAGAACAGUUUCAUACAGCUGUACGUUGAAAUUUCUGAUUCAGGUGAACCUUCACUUACAAGUAACUUGACAGUCAACAUUUCAAUCCAGUUUCCACCUCGGUUUUCGUACAGUGUCGUCAGCAUCAAUGUGUCUGAAGAUAUUUCUAUCGGCGAGCAAGUGUUCACAUUUAUCCCAAUGAACAUUUCUGGACAAGGCUUCAGCACGUAUUUUAUCAUUGUAGAUAGAAACUAUGGACAAAAAUUCUCCAUUAGUAAUGUCAGCGGAGAGGUAGUUGUUCAAGACCAUUUGGACAGGGAAGAAAUAUAUUUUUAUUCUUUAUCCAUCCAUGCCUCAAACCUUGCAGUUGAACGCUUCGCCGAAAUAAAAACAACAAAACUGUUACUCAAUGUCACCGUUCUUGACAUCAAUGACAAUGCACCAUACUUGGACUCAAUUCAGCCAAUUGUCAUAAGGAAUACUGCCCACGUGGGAUACACAUUGUUACGUUUGAACGCCACCGAUGCCGAUGAAGGUCUUAAUGCGCAACUGCAGUACAAAAUCACUUCCGGUAACGAAUUGAAUAAAUUUGUUAUCAACGAGCUUGGUUUUCUUCAGCUGAACAGUUCCCUUCUCUAUACCACUGUUCCUUUCUUUUCUCUUGUUGUGAAUGUUUCUGAUCAUGGUUCUCCAAUGCUGUUCAAUACAACUGUAAUUAACGUGACAGUUGAAGAUGACCGCAGUCCGCCUCAUCUUAAUCAAACUUUCUACAAUGUCUCCUUGUAUGAAGACAGCCUUCCUGGGAGCCAACUCGUUUCUGUUUUUGCUACCGACCCAAAUGGAGAUAGAAUUCGUUACAAUAUAUCUUCAACAUUCACUAACAUUACUUCUGUCUUCAGGGUGAAUGUAUCCACAGGAAUCAUCACAACAGUGAAGGAGCUUGAUCGAGAGAUCACUGACAAUUACAAGUUUGCAAUAAUUGCUUAUAAAUACUCACCGUUAACAGGGCAGCAAUACACAGAUAAUGCUACAAUAAGCGUGCGCGUUAUGGAUGUUAAUGACGCACGUCCUCACUUUUCAAAAGAAGUUUACACGUUGGAGUUUGACGAGGAAAACCUUCCCGGGAUGGUGUUCAUGACAAUCAAUGCUGAUGAUAAUGACCAGGGAGUGAAUUCUCUUCUGUCGUAUAGCAUUAUUUCAGGAAACGAUAGUAUAUUCAGCAUAAACAAUUCUACUGGUGAAAUAAGCGUGUUGACAACUCUUGACUACGAGAACGUGCAGCAAUUGAAUUUAACCGUGCAAGCUAAGGAUCUUGGGAUACCACCUCUCGAAGCCAACGCGUCCGUUGUAAUUUGCAUUAGAGACAUCAAUGAUAAUGCUCCUAUUAUCGAAGGUAAUUUUUCGGGAAAGCUGAAUUUACUGGAAAGCGUGCAGCAAGGUACAUCUGUGAUCAGAAUUAAUGCCACGGAUGCAGAUAGUGGUCUCAAUUCAAAUCUUUCUUUCUCAAUCGUGGAUGGAAAUUUAAGUGGUGCGUUUAACAUAAACCCCACAACUGGCCUCAUCACAACAGCUACACAACUGGAUUAUGAGAAGACACGGAUUUACACAUUAAAUGUGAGCGUGCAUGACCGAGGGAUCCCUCCACUAUCAAACAGUAUUCUGGUUAAAAUCCAAGUGAUUGACGUGAAUGAUAUGUCACCAUUCAUUCACCCUUUGUCUCCUUUGUAUGUCAGAGAGAGCGUACCAGUUGGUACAAUGAUUGUUCGAGUAAACGCCACUGACGGUGACUCUGGCACAAAUGCGGCUCUUAACUACACCAUAGUGUCGGGUAACAAGGCCGCAGCCUUUUCUAUCAACGAGACAAAUGGUGUUAUAACUACAGCGCAUGCACUGGAUCAUGAAAAUGUUUCACUGUACUCGUUAAACAUCUCAGUCAACGACAAAGGAGUCCCACCUCAGUCGUCCAAAACUCGAGUUAUGAUUCACGUCGUCGAUGUGAACGAUCACCGCCCAAUAUUCACUCAAGAUAUUUACCAAACCAGCCUCUACGAGAACUUAACAGUUAAUUCAACUGUUUUAACUGUACAUGCGAGAGAUUUAGACGUUAGUUCCGCGGGUGGAAUCGUAUACAGCAUACAUGAAAGCAGCGAUAACGACACUUUUGUGAUAGGUGGCUCGACAGGAGAAAUCAAAGUUAUAAAGUCGUUAGAUUUUGAGAAAACGAAGAAUUACCAUCUGGUUGUGAAGGCAAUCGACAUAUUUCUUCCUAACACCUCUCUCCACAUCAUUGGAAACGUGAGUUCAUCAGGUUCAUUCUCAAGCUUUGCAAACGUCACUCUUUCUGUGCUAGACGUGAAUGACAAUCCUCCUAUAUUUACAAACAGUUUCUAUUCCGUUUUAAUCUCGGAGAACCUGCCGGCAGGUUCAGUUGUUGCUCAAGUUAACGCAACCGAUGACGAUUUUGGGAAGAAUGCAGAUAUUACAUAUGAAAUGUUGGCAUCCAAUCAAGCCUCUCAGCUGUUUGUUAUUAAUUCUUCAACCGGCGAAGUGAAAACUAAAUUAUCUCUAACAGAUGCAAAUUAUUUGACCUUCAACUUAUCGCUAUUUGCCUUAGACAUGGGCUCACCGUCCUUGAACAACACCGGUUUAUUGCAAAUACGUAUCAAUUACAAUGUUACGUUCAAGUACAACGAGACGCGUCCUUUCACCUACGCCAUUCAGGGUGCGUUUCAGGUCGAACCUGUAGUCAUGUUGAGCUGCGUUCGUGCUGAGACUACCCUUGGUUUAUUCUCUGGGUUGUCAGCAGAAUUACAGGUCAGCACAGGGAGCAUCCAUUACGUAAGUGAGCUUGAAGUGUUCAGAGAACCCGCUUUAUACCUGAAAUCAGUUAUUGUCAGCGAUUCGCCAGACUAUCAGGUUAUACGGGUAGCCGUGCAGGUAUCUGACCUGAACUUCAAUGUUAGGACCUUGUCAACUGAAGUACACAUCAGACUUAUUAACCUAGAUACUUACUCUGAGGAAAAUACCAGCUGUGCUCCAUCAGCCAAUACUGGAAUAUGUGUUGGAAGUUUGCAUAUUCCUCUAAAAUGGCUGAACACAAGUGUUUCAUCCGACAAAGUUUUAGUGGAAUAUGGACUGUCUCGCUCAAAUAUGACAAAGCUGAAGCAGAUUGAUUUCAGAAAGAAAGAAGUGCCUCAAGUUGAACAGAACUUUCUUAUCAUGGCGCCUUUACAUUUACUACAUGUGGGAGACUCAUUGGUUCUCAAAGUGUACGCUCAGUAUACCAAACUCGUGCAGUUCUUUACUUUGAUCUUCACGCUGUCGUCUGGUUUGAAGGUCAAACAAGUGCAAGCUUCUCAAUCGUGGAGAAUUCAAUCGACAUUUAAUGGUGAAAACGAAUUUGUGGUGUUUGGUGUUAGAAAAAAUAGUCGCGGUGAGAAAACAACUUCUAUCGCUUUAUUCUUUACUAUCGAAGCAGAGAUCGCAGAAAAUGCCAUAUUAUCAAGUCCAGAAUACAUGGAAUGUGAAGUGAGGCACGUUAGUGACCAGGAAGGUAACCAGCUUAUUUCUGUGCCUAUGAGUGCCGUUUUUGAAGACGGAUUCGGAAGAAAUAAAAAAGGAUUUUUCGUUGUUGUUGAAGAUGACUUUGCAGCGCUUUUUGUCGUCCCUGAUUUGUCAGUCAUUAUAAACAGUGCUGUGCUGAAUGGAGAGCUGGUUGAAGUUCCGCUCAAGGUAGCUGGGGUGACUGCCAAAGGACGAGUUCUGAAUGUGACAAGUGUUACUUGUAUAAGUCUUGAUAUUGCUGUUUUAAAAGUUUCAGGUGACUGUUCCAGUGUUUAUGUAAACGGAAGUGAAACGCGAGGAUCAUCAUCAGUCACAGUCGAGUUUUAUUACAAGAAUCUCACCGCAAAUUCUUCUUUUGUUGUUUGGACACCCAUUAUUCCUAUAACGUUGAAUGUUAAACCAGCUAAGUUAAAGAGAAUACGUGACUGGUACGAUCCCAGUGAUUCAUGUAAGCCACGCUAUCAACAAGCGCGCUUAACGGUUACAGCGAAUUUUUCAAACGGGAAGCGAUAUUUCACCGGAGUUGAUGUCACACAGCUCGUUAAAGACAACUUUCAAAUUUCAAACAACAGUGUAGCUGAGAUUGUUAGUUUAAAUGUUCAUGGGAAAAGUGUUGGAAAGGUUACCGUUGAAGUUUAUAACCAUCGAAUGGGUCGUGCGCUCGGAGAAGUUGGUGUGGAAGUUCUCGAUGAAGACACCAGAGUGUAUGUUCUGAACGUAGUUAUUGCUACACGGGUUUUGGUCGUUCUUCCAAAGGUUUUAGACAGCUCUUUACAGCAUCCUGUGAGAAUUAACAUGGAGCAAAGAUUUUUAAUCCCAGAGGAUGAGGGUUCAGUUAUAUUAUCCGCACAAUAUAGUGACGGGGUGGUGAACACGUUUGAAAACCUAGAGGGCUUCUUCGUCAACUCUACAAACAACAGUCUGGUCAGGGUGGAAGGUGACCGCAUAACAGCUAUUAAUAAUAGCAGUGGCAAUGUACUUCGUGUGGUUGCGCACUCGGGUCAUUGCUCUCAGAGACCAGUCAUAAGUUAACAUGCCAACCUCGAUGUAAUU